AUGCAGUCUUCGGCCAUGGCGACUCUCACCGACAUUGAGUCUCAGCGCAAGCGCAACUUCGGCAACCCCGUCGCGAACUAUGGCAAUCGCGCCGCCAUGUAUGGCAACUACCAGGGCCAAGCCCAGCGUCCUUCUUUCCUGAGCACCGGACACCCUGGCAUGUUGCCAUACCCCGGACUUGUGGGAGACCAGAGCCUGGCUGCACUUACCCAGGGAUUUGCCGGUAUGAGCAUGCACCCAUCUCUCGGCUCGGCUAAGCCGGGCUCUCAUGUCCCAGCAUCGUCCGCAGAGCUUGGAGGAGUGCCUCUCCAGGCGCAGAUGCAGCAUGGCCAGCAUGCCAUGGUCUAUCAGCAGCACCAGAUGAUCCCUGGACUCAACAACUACCCCGGACUUUCCUCGCCCGGUGUCCAGACUCCGAUGAGCCACUACGUUCCUCCGGCUGCGUUUCAGUACGGUCACCAGAUGAUGGACAACAACAGCCCUAUCAACGGCAGCUGGGCCUCGCGUUUCUCCUCGUCCGAGCCUUCGCUUGUUACCCCCCGACGAGACUCCAUCUCUUCUACGGAGCAGGACCUUCCCGGCACGCCGUACACCGGAAACAAUGCUGCUUAUCAUCCCAAUGUCUACAUGAACGGUUCUCCCAACGCCAUUUAUCCCGGAAGUGGCACGCCGUCUCCUUCGCACUUGGGUCCGUUCUACGUCCCUCAGCUGAACAAGGCACCAGCUCAGAUCACGUCCAUUCCCAGCGAGAUUCAGGAUUUGCUUACGAAAGAGCCGUCAAUCCCGAGGGCCAUUCCGGCUCCAAGCUCGCCUAUCAAGCCUCUGGACCGCAGCUUGGAGAACAAGAACGGCGAGACCAACGUCUACAUCCGCGGCCUUCUUCCGGAGACAACAGAUGAGAUGCUUCACCAGUGGGGCAUGCGUUUCGGAGACAUUCAGAGCUCCAAGUCGAUCAUUGAUGUCAAGACUAAUCAGUGCAAAGGUUACGGGUUCAUCAAGUACUACAACUUCAAGGAUGCCGAGAACUGCAUUCGUGGCUUCCACUACCUCGGUUACGAGGUCAGCUUUGCAAGGGAAUCUUUCUACGCCAAGCUGAAGAAGUUCUCGGACGAAUCCAACACCAACCUCUACGUCUCCAACAUUCCUCGCCACAUCAACGAAGCCGAACUGACCUCAAUCUUUCAUCCUUACAAGGUCUGCUCCAGCAAGAUCCUGCGCGACGGUGGCGGUCAUGGUCGUGGUGUAGGCUUCGCUCGCUUCGAGAGUCGCGAUAUCUGUGAGGAUGUGAUCAAGAAGUUCAACAACACCCCUGUUUCGGUCCCCGACGGCGAGGACCACGUCAUCCAGAUCCGUUAUGCCGAUACGCAAGAGCAGAAGGUCCUCAAGCAGCAGACUGCUGCUGCUCGUCAGUUCCGAGCCGCCGAGUUCGAGCACGGCGUGCUUCAAUCCAGGGCUGCAAACGGGAACGGCAGCCUGAUUGCUCCCCAGCAACGUCUCAGCAACCUUACACCUGCUCAGAAGGAAGCCUCCACAGAGUUUGAGAACUUCCUCGCCAACUCCAACUCGCAGAACUACCAGCCGCGCUACGACCGAAACUUCCGCAACAUGGUGGCUAGCUCAUCUCAACUCUCGCAGACUACUACCAACAACAACCUUCCUUCAGUCACGGUGGAAGCCGAGGAGGUGGAGAAGCCUCGCCCCACUACUCCUGUCAUUGCUCACGGAGACCACUCUUCGUCCUCGAGCAACGCCCCGAGCGACCGCGAGUGA